GCUGUGGUUGGCUUGGCAACGGUGAGCGCUUAAUUCAGACAAGAAGUAAAAACGCAAUAAUACUGAUAAAACCGCUGCUAUUUCCUUCUAAAGUUAGGCACCGCGUGACCAGGUCGUUAUGACUGACUCAGGUUUUAGCUCUUCGGAUAAACAAGUCGUCCUUGUUUCAUCCAGCGAUGAGAAUCACCCUCCAGAAAACAUCAUCGACGGAAACACAAACACAUUUUGGAUGUCCACCGGGAUGUUUCCCCAGGAGUUCAUCAUUCGCUUUGCUGAAAACACGGGGAUUACCGCUGUGACAGUGGAUAGCUACAAUGUCAAACACCUAAAAAUAGAAAAGAAUAACUCACCAAAUGUUUCUCACUUUGAGUCGAUCACAGAAAAAGAAUUUGAAAGAACUGAGGGACGUCUUCAGUCAAAUGUUAUUUCUCUAAAUGUCAACAGUGCAACCCACCUUCGAUUUAUCAUCACCUCAGGUUUUGACCACUUUGUAUCAGUGCACAGAGUCACAGUAAAAAACUGACAUACUUUCAAUGUAAAAUUGGUAACAAUUAAAUUAUAACAUAAAUAUACAAA